UUAUCCAUUGAUGUGAAAUGGUUUCUCUCCUUCCAACCUGCCACCGCCUCCCCCCACACACUCACACAGGCACCUGAAACAGCCUAACAAAGUCCACUUUUUGUGUGUGACGAGGGCCCAGAUUUGAGAAACAGGAACCUCACACCUCCACCCUGUCCCAGCCAUCAUCAUUUUGACAGUUCUGAACCAAGCGUGUUGCUUCUGCUCAUGGCUGUGGCGGAGAACCUGUGAAAGGCUUCUGUGAGGUGCCAGGGAGCCGAUGCUGACAACUCAGGCGCUGAGACUCAGGGAUUCCUUUGGGUAAAGCGUUUUGGCUAACCCCAGCCGGCUGUACUGAAGCACCUUCUGACUGCCAGCAAAAGAGCUGCUGUUCAACAUAAGGAAGACACUGUGGAUCAGUGAAGCCUUUAGAAGAUCUCCCGUUCCCUCUAAUAGCUCCUUCUGUUCCUUCUCUGAGCAAUUGCACAGCAGUGGGACAUUUUCCAAAGUGAGUGGAGGCCCAAGUCCUGCUCCUGCCAAACUUUUUAAACAUGCAGAAGAAGCUGUUGAAGAGUGUGGGAUGAUUAAUGCUGAGAGCUGGCAGUAGCUGUGGGUCCCCUUUGCAUCUGGUGAUUAUUUCAUGUCCUUCCUUGGUAGAUUCUUGGAAUUCUUUUGGGGUCGCAUUUUGCCAGCGAUCAUACAGGUUUGAUCUUUUCUUCCCUGGAUUCCUGUAACUGUGUAUGGGAACGAGGAUGUAGCUGCUGUAAGGCGGCUACCACCCACCAGAGUAGCCCCAGAGUCUGCAGGAGGCAAAGACUUCCUGUUAGGAUUAAAUCUGGGCCCUUGUUACAAAGUGGGACCUGAAGACAGGUUGUCCCUGAACGCUGUUGGUGACCCAAAAGAUUCCAAGAGCUCUGCAUUUCUGCACUAUUCCAAGAUGUGACUGGAGAACACCCAUUCCCAGGAGAUAUCCAGCUUUAAAAAGGCGCCCAUCUGCCUGCUUGCUAAGAGGGAGAGGGGUGGCUAGGAUGCAAAAGGAAAUUGGGGAGGGAUAGGCUGCGAGAGAGGGAGGAAAAAUACUAGGGAAGCAGGAAACCAAAUGGAGAAAUAAGAUAGGAAUAAAGGAGAGAAUGGGAAAAAGGGCUAGCGCAGAAGAUGUGCUGGAGAAUGGAGGAAAUAAAGGAACUGAGAUGGAGAAGAGAGGGGAAAGGAAGGCAGCUGGAAACCGGGAAGAGAAGUGCCACAGGGAUGGAGACUCUGGAUAUGCAACCUUAAUGGAAAGCCUUGGCUGAAGUUCGUAUUAACGCAACAUGCCUCGUCCUAACGUAUCCCUUAAUGUAGGAGAGAGGAUGCGUCUUGUCCGGUGUUUUUCCAAGAGGUCAGUUGAAAGACCACUCACUUAAGUCCAGUCGCUCCACCAGGGCGAAAACUGGCUCGUUAAUGGAUUCGCCCACCCAGAACGUGCUGUAGAUUAAAGCUAAAGCCAUAUGAGAGCGCACACGGGGGGUGCCGAUUGCAAACAGCCAUCUGGAGGGAAAUGGACUUGGUUCAUUAGCUCCCAGCUAGAGAUUUAUGGGUCUUUUUCUUAAAAAAAAAAAAAAAAUAGGACAUCGCUAAUCUGCCUGGGUGCUCAGACCUGCUACUGAAAUGCCAGGUUCUUCAGUGGAGGGAGUGCAUCGCUAAUGUGCAGCGGGAGCCAACCUGACAAUUGAUAAAAGAGUAGAACAAACAGCCCUUGAUUCUUGUGAGCCUCAAGCCUAGUUUGCAGUCUUGAGCCUGAGGUUGGAUGGCCUUCACUCCUGUUUGCUGAAGGCAGCCACAAGGUUUAAACAAAACACAGCCCAAGCUGUGGUUUCUGAACACUGGAUUCUGGAUCCUGGUUUGUACCCGCCACUUGGUACAGUUGAUGUUCACGCAGUAUGGCAGAGAAAAAUAAGUCACACUGAAAACAUCAGGUUUGCAUCAGGCCCAAUUAGCUGGAUGCGAUAACAAAUACAGGAUGCAGCCGGAUUAGAAACGGUGCCUAUAAAAUGAAGGUUCCUUGAAAUUGGUGAGAUGGAGCACAAGAAGGUGGCCUGAUUGUGUCUUUUUUCAGAAGUCUUCCUUAAGACCAAGCGUGUGUCCUCUUAGCUAUUACGGUGCCCUACAAUGGGGCCUGAACGCAACCAGCCACCCAACAGCUUGCAUUCAAAGUUGCUCUGAUGCCAUUAUCUUUCUUGUACCUUCUGAGGUCAGAGGCUCUUCAGCCACCAGAAGGUCUACAGCCAAGGGGAAAUUGGCCAAAACAUAUGUAGGUGCUGGGAUGUAGUUGCCUGGCAACAGGACAUUUCGGAGCCUGCCUCUCGUCUCGGUUCCUUGCAUCUCUCUCUGGCUCGGGGAUCCUGUGGUGUCUUUGGCUGUGGCUGGUUUGGAAAGGCUGCUGGAGAAGCACCUGUCUGGGGAUCUGCUGGCGCACAGACGGCAUUCGUGAGUGCCUCCCAUGGAGGAUGGACCUGUCAGCCAUAAUAGCUAAAUGAAGCCUUUGCAUUCUAGGACAUUGCAUGCCACCAGGUAUCAGGCACUGGAUGCCAACAGUAGAAAUGGCCUCUGCCAUCGCGUCCCAGCUGUGUCGAAGGCAGUACAAUCAGCCAAGCUAGAAUGACUUUGUCCAGCCUCCUUUUUAAUCGGCCAUCGCUGUGUCUGAUGGCACUGGAUUCCACAAAUGAACGUAUUGCAUAAAGAGGCCUUUCCUUUUAUCAGUCUGGGAAUCGCCCCCAUAUUUAGCUUCAGAUGCAUAGUCUAAUACUGUAUUGAGAUAUCCAUGAAAAACAAUACAAAACAAAACGUUUCUCUGUCCACAGUUUCCAUACCACGCGUGAGUCCUUUAUUCCCCUUUGCUCUAAGCAAAACAUCACUUGUUGCAAUAAUCCUUCCUUGCAGAAUAUUCUUGUUAAGAUACAUUGGCCAGAACUGUAUACAUUACUCCCAAUGCAGUCUCACCAUAUAAAGUUACUAGUAUGCUGGCUGACUUAUUUUCAGUUGCCUUUCUCGUUAUUCUGGCAUGGAUUUUUCUUUCUUUUGGCUGAUUUUUUUUCACUGGGCUCUUCCUCAUGAUGCCAGGAUCCCCGUCCUGAUCAGCCAUUGCCAACUCAAGUCCUAUUCAAGUAUUGUGAAUUUGGAGGGGUUGUGCCAAUGUAGAUUUUGAUGUCAUUUUAUGCCCUGUUCAGAGAUUUGGCAGGAGCUUUUCACCAUCCUGUUUUAAUGUUAUUACCAUGGACAGUUUGAAAUCAGCAGCCAGGUUAGCAUCCUGGCUACCCACCCUAAUUCCAAAUCGUUUAUAAGCAAAUUAAAAAGCUGUUGGCCUUGAUGGCAAUGAAGGCCAUCUGCUGGGAGACUAGUGGGCUUCCUUGGGCAGUCGGUUGGCCACUGCGAGAACAGACUGCUGGACUAGAUGGGCCAGGGGUCCGAUCCAGCAGGACACUGCUUGCUUCUUAUGUUCUUUGACCCGAUCAUCGGACCCAUAGAAAGGCUUGCUUUUGGAGACUCCAGACCCAGAAACCAAACAUAGAGUCGGCCUUCCCGGUGAAUGACCCUCCCCAGCCUUCCCCAACCUGUGCCUUCCAGACAUGUUGGACCAACACUCAUAAUCCCCAGCCUGUAGUUAUCAUCAAUAUUUGAUGGGUGGUUUCAUUAUUAAAAAAAAAUCCAUUGAUUAAAAAUAGCAAAGAGCUCAUAACGGCCAUUUUUUAAUCUUCUUGUAGGUGAUGAAGAUCCGGAAGGUCCUGAAUAGAAUUGAGAAGCCUCAGGGGCUUUAUCCGAACUUUCUCAGUCCGGUCACAGGGAACUGGGUGCAACAUCAUGUCUCUGUUGGUGGCCUCGGGGAUAGUUUUUAUGAAUAUCUGAUCAAGUCUUGGCUCAUGUCGGACAAGCAAGAUAGCGAAGCGAAAACCAUGUAUGAUAAAGCCCUCGAGGCCAUAGAAAAACACCUUGUCAAAAAAUCGGCUGGCGGGCUAACCUAUAUUGCCGAAUGGCGAGGAGGCAUCUUGGACCAUAAAAUGGGGCACUUGGCCUGCUUCUCCGGUGGCAUGAUAGGCCUCGGAGCAGAACACGCCACAGAAGAGCAGAAACAGCACUACUUGGAUCUAGCUGCGGAAAUAACACACACCUGCCACGAAUCCUAUGCUCGCUCAGAUACCAAGCUGGGCCCAGAAGCGUUUCGUUUUGAUUCUGGAGCCGAAGCAACAGCCACGCGACUCAGUGAUCGUUAUUACAUCCUGCGCCCCGAGGUUGUAGAGAGUUACUUCUACUUGUGGAGGUUAACGCAUGACCCCAAGUACAGGCAGUGGGGUUGGGAGGCUGUCCAGGCGCUGGAGAAAUUUUGCCGAGUAGAAGCGGGCUUCUCUGGGAUCCGUGAUGUGUAUGCGACCACCCCGAGCCAUGACAACAUGCAACAGAGCUUUUUUCUGGCAGAGACGUUAAAGUAUCUCUAUCUUCUGUUCUCUGAAGAUGAUGUGCUCUCGCUCGAGGACUGGGUGUUCAACACUGAAGCUCACCCACUGCCUGUGAAUCACACAGGCUUUGUUCUGAAGACGAGCAUGCAGUAGGAGUGCCUGAGCCCUCCUGGGUUCUGCGAAGGGAUCCAGAGGGCUGCUUGCAUUUUUUUUCUCCUUUCCAGUAAAGGAAUGUGCAUAUUCCUGGAAAGGUAUUUGGGGGGCAUUCGUCCAAUUCCGGACCGUAUUAUAUCGGGGAGUAUAAAAACUGUGAAACAAGCACCUUCAUGGGUUUUUUUUUCCUCUGUGAGGAAACUUAUAACCUGAUAAUGAAAUGUUGAUUAUGGGCCAUAAGACAGACAAAAUCAUGGACAUUCCUUUCGAUGAAGAAUUUCUGUGGAAUCCACUGACUUUGCUUUUGCGUGGCCAAAGGAUCAGGAGUUUGCCAUAAAAUAGAUGUUGGUUUGUGCCACUCUUCUUGCCCCAAUCUUGCUCUCUCCUUUUUUAUAUACCAUUUUUUUUCACCUUUCUGAUCUAUACUUUAAAAAAAAUACACAUCUCAAGUGGUCCUGAUUAAAGUGUGUUUCUAAAUCCCAGGUGUUUCUUUCUUUAGCCCUUUCCUCCCCUACUUUUCCAUUCUCCUCCAACGUUUGUCAGCUGGUGGGGGUUUUUUGUUUUGUUUUUCCUGGGCUUUGCUUGAUUACUUUUCUUUGAUUUUGUUUUCCUUUUCAUCUGGAGCGAAACCUUAUGAGGCACUUGUAAUAAUUUCAUUUCUGUAAUGCUCAGAUGUGAAAAGUAAAAUAAAAAUUCGUGUCGGA